AGGUCCGCAUGAGGCUUACAAUUUGCAAACAAUCCAAAUGGAGUCUCUAAAUCUAGUCAUGAACAAUUCCUGCGCAAUAUAUGCAAAGUUGCCGCAAACAGGAUGCAAUUUAGGAGUUUGCAGAUCGAUUAGGACAGAAGCCAGACGGAGAAAUAAUGUGGUUUUGUGCAAAGGAGGAGAAAGACUAUGGCUGGACCGGCGAGAGCUGCUGUUGGCCUCGACGUCUGCCAUUGCUGUGGGCGCCACAAAAAAAGCAGCGGCUAAGCCAAUGCCUCCACCUGACCUCGAAAAAUGUCACAACCCCGACACAGCUCCGACAGAUGCUCAAAAUCUCAACUGCUGCCCACCGUAUUCAGAAAAGCCCGUGGAUUUCGAGCUCCCAACCAAUCUGCCCAUGCGAGUUCGUCCUUCCGCCCACGAUGUCAACGACGAAUAUGUGGAAAAGUACUCCCGAGCAAUACAGCUGAUGCACGAGCUUCCGCCAGAUGACCCGCGGAGCUUCACGCAGCAAGCCAACGUUCACUGCGCCUACUGCGACGGAGCCUAUUACGAAGGGUCGCUCCCGGUGGAGCUUCAGAUCCACAACUCCUGGUUCUUCCUCCCCUGGCAUCGCUGGUAUCUCUAUUUCCACGAGCGCAUUCUCGCCAAACUGGUGGGCGAUGACACUUUCGCUCUGCCCUUUUGGAACUGGGACGCACCCGCCGGAAUGACCCUUCCGCCAAUCUACUCCCACCCGGGCUCUCCUCUCUAUGACGAGCUCAGAAAUCCUGCUCACAUGCCGCCAUCUAAAGUCGAUCUCAACUACGACCCACAGAAGAAAUCGAACAUUUUAACCGGCCCAAAGCUUGUUGCCUCCAACACCAAUCUCAUGUACAGGCAAAUCGUGUCCGGAGCCAAAACUCCAAGUCUGUUCCAGGGACAACCCUACCGGUACGGCGAUAAUCCUGACCCGGGUGCCGGAACGCUAGAGAAUUCACCUCACGGGCCCGUGCACGUCUGGACCGGUUCGCCGGCUCAACCGAACCUGGAAGAUAUGGGAAAUUUCUAUUCUGCAGCUCGCGAUCCGAUUUUCUUUGCUCACCAUGCAAAUGUUGACAGGAUGUGGACCAUCUGGAAAUCACUUGAAGGCAAACGGCGCGUAGAUUUCGACGACCCGGAUUACUUACAAGCUUCGUUUCUUUUCUACGACGAGAAUGCUCGUUUGGUUCGGGUGAAGGUGGCGGACGCUCUUGAUCCCAAGAAUCUCAUGUUUUCCUACCAGAGUGUUGAUAUACCUUGGAUAAAAGCGCGGCCAAAGAAGAGCAGCGCAAAGUUAGAAGUCACCUCCGUCGGUUCACACGCGGCCAUUGCGGCGGGUCACAUUUCUGAGUUCGGUUCGAAGGCCCGAAAGCUUGUGGUUCCCAUCACAGCUCUGGUUAAGAAGCCGAAGAAGAAGCGGAGCCAAAAGGAGAUCGAUGAUGAAACGGAGGAGGUGCUUGUGAUCGGGGGGGUUGAAGUGAAGAGAGGCGUGGCUGCAAAGUUUGAUGUGUUCAUCAAUUUGGCGGAGGCUGAUUCCGACACUGCUAUUUCUUGCCCCGAGUACGCAGGGACAUUCUCGAAUGUUCCCCACCAUCAUGAGCACGGCGGCAAGAACAAGCGAAACGGUAAGCCCAAAAGCCCGUACAGAAAGUCUUCGUUUAAGGUUGGCAUUACAGAGAUAUUGGAAGAUUUAGGUGCUACUGAGGACGACAAUAUCGUGGUUACUCUUGUCCCGAAAGGAGAUUUCAAGGCCGACCCCAUAGUAAUCUCCUCCAUAAAAAUCGAGUAUGAUUGAUACUCUUAUUCUUCUUACAGAUGAAUCCCUUGCAUUUUUAAACCGCUGAAUGUAUAUCUAUCCAGAUUUCAAUAAAUAACUGGUUAAGUUUA